GAAGUGUGUAAUAAAAAAUUAACUAGAGAGAGAGAUAGAGAGAGAUGGAGAAAACGGGUGGAAUAGCAGUAGUAUUGUCCGCGAAGGAGGCAUUCGAUAAGUUAGAGAAGGUUGGAGAAGGAACGUAUGGGAAGGUGUACAGAGCAAGAGAGAAGGCUACUGGGAAGAUCGUUGCUCUCAAGAAGACACGUCUCCACGAGGAUGAUGAAGGUGUCCCUCCCACCACUCUCCGUGAGAUUUCCAUUUUGCGAAUGCUCUCUCGCGAUCCCCAUGUCGUCAGGUUAUUGGAUGUCAAACAAGGUCAGAACAAGGAAGGAAAAACAGUCCUCUACUUGGUCUUCGAGUACAUGGAUACUGAUCUCAAGAAAUUCAUUCGCACUUUUCGUCAAUCUGGAGACAACAUCCCACCCACAAUCACCAAAAGCUUGAUGUACCAACUUUGCAAGGGCGUUGCUUUCUGCCAUGGCCAUGGAAUCUUGCACAGGGACUUGAAGCCUCACAAUCUCUUGAUGGACCGAAAAACAAUGAUGCUCAAAAUUGCUGAUCUUGGGCUUGCUAGAGCGUUUACUGUGCCACUUAAGAAGUACACUCAUGAGAUACUAACCCUGUGGUAUAGAGCUCCUGAAGUCCUUUUGGGGGCUACCCAUUACUCAAUGGCGGUGGAUAUGUGGUCUGUUGCCUGCAUAUUCGCUGAACUUGUUACCAAGCAAGCACUAUUCCCUGGUGAUUCUGAGCUGCAACAACUGCUUCAUAUAUUCAGGCUGUUGGGGACUCCUAAUGAAGAGAUGUGGCCAGGUGUUAGUAAACUAAUGAACUGGCACGAGUACCCUCAGUGGAGCCCUCAAAGUCUUUCAAAGGCUGUUCCGAAUUUGGAAGAGGCUGGUCUGGAUCUGCUCUCUCAAAUGUUGCAAUAUGAACCUUCAAAGCGGAUUUCUGCAAAGAAAGCUAUGGAACAUCCUUACUUUGAUGGCCUGGACAAGACCAAUCUUUAGGUUACAAAAUGAUGAUUUGGAUGUAGGAAUUCUUAUCAUGCUUCUCUCGAGCGCGAAUCAAUAUCUGUUUUUAGGAUGAUUAACUUUUCCCGUCUGAUUUUCCCAUUACUUGAUACUGUGGAUUAUAGAGAUCUGGAUUUUAGUCUCUUAAAAAUACCUUAUGAUAAAUUUUAGUCUCUUAAAAAUACCUUAUGAUAAA